CCGGCUGCAUGAACGAGCCUCGAUUCACAACAAGCCUGAACUUCUACGACGCGUCUGCGCCCGAACGCGAGCUGAGCGCACGGCGCAGUGUGCAGCGGCAGAGGAUGUAAUCAAUCCCACAUGUUUCAUCUGCACGACUCGGGGAUUUUCACUUCGAAUAUUUCUCUACUUUUUCGUUUUGUUUCACUGCUCGCAGCUCAAAGGAAUCAAACUCACCAGGCAUGACGGGGACGCAGCUUCACGCCCGCGAAGCCAACACUGCGCUCAAUGCGCGGCCAGCCCGAAGUUUAUAAAAAGGGAUUAUUUUGCAUCUGGGUGCCUGCAGACCUUCGGUGCCUCCGGAUUUUUUUCCUUUUUUCUUUUUCUUUUUUUCUUUUUGAGCUGGGGGACUUCUUGCUCCUCGCCACCGCGAUGGAAAGCCGAGAUUUCGCCCCUCCGCACCACCUCCUGACGGAGCGGAGCGCGCUGGUGCACAGCGCCGUGUCUCGGAUGGCGCCAGGCGGCCACGGCUCCGUGCAGCACCCCGCUCACUUCCAGCCUGGGAAAUACUACCCGUCUCAUCUCUCCAUGGGCGCGCACUCAGGCGCCUCCUUCAUGGGCUCCUUCCUGGCCAGCAGUUUGGGGUCCCCGCCUUCCCAGGCUACCCACCCCUCAGGACCUGCUGCCUCUCCCUCCUCCCCCUCCUACAGGGGAGGACCCCAUUCCAGCACCGCCCCUAUAUGGUUUCCCCACUCACAUGAAGGGUACCCCAGCUAUUCAGGAAGUCUUGCUUCUCCUUUUCUCCCCAUGAGUCCCCUUGAUCACCAUAGCAACAGUCUCUAUGGGCAGCACCGCUUCUAUGAAACUCAAAAAGAUCACUUCUACCUAAGAGGCCUUCCUCCGCAGCCCCCGCUGCUCUCCACCAAUCACAGCCUUCCACCGCUGUCCAGGACUGCCCCUGGCCACCCGCUUGGCUCUUGUAGUCGAGAAAGAGACAACGGAGGUGGAAGUGUGGGAGGUGGAAAGGCGACAAAGGACUCAGGGGAUAAAAGCAUCUCGUCUGUGUCGAAGGAGAAGGAGCGAUCGAGCAGCAAAGAGCGCCACCAGGAGAGCAAAGACAAACAUCAGCUCCACCAUCACCAUCUUCAUCAGACCAACACAGCCACCUCUCCACCUGGCCACCACCAAGGGUACGCCCUCCCUCACCACACCCUCCUGCCGCACCUCACAACCCAGGGGAGGGAGGAGGACCACAGACACUCGCUGGAACGGCACAAAGACUACAGAGACAGCGACUCGAGCAGUCAGGGGACAAAACAUAUGAGUGCCUGUAAACUGGCCAGCAGUUUGGGUGCAGAAACUGGCUCUGGGGGGGUAAAGGGGGGAGCACUGAGCAGCUGUAGUGGUGGCGUUGCUCGAACUGUGUCUGGAGGCGGCAGGCGGUGCACCAAGGAUAUGCCAAUGAGCGGGGAGAUGAGGAUCAUUGAAUCCUCUGCGUCCUCUCCUGAAUGUUUGAAGAGAGGGUCGGUUGCAGCUACAACAAUCUUGGCGCCUCCAACACCCUCUUUGGCUUCCUAUUCCAUGCCUCCUCCUCCACCACCACCACCACCUCCCCACAACUUACAUCUCAGUUCUACAGUGGCAGGAGCGUGGCUGCACCACUCGCAUCACCACCCCCAUUCUGAUUUUUACUGCCCCCCAGCUCCCCUUACCCUGGCAUCCCCCAAAGAGCCAGCCGCCUCCCUCGCAGGGUCCAGCAAGGAGGCAAAGGUUAUUGGCCCAACAUUUGUCCCCUCAGUCGGCUCACUUGGUGACCUGACAGGACCUGACUGUCAUGGAGCUGGAGGAGUAGUUGGCAGGAAAACAGAUGACAAGAGCGGAGAAGGAUCUCAUGAAAGUCCCACGAACCACAUCAACCGAUAUAGCAGUUGCCAUAAGAAGGACAAAUCCCAAACUCAACAGCAGCAGCAGCUGAGUUACAGUAAAAACGACAAACCGCUUGACUGGAGCCACAGCCAUCAGACACAGCACUACGCCAAAACCAACCCUGACCCAAGCCUUCAGCCCGAGUUGCAAUCUUGCAGCCUGCAGUCACCUUCUUCCUUCCGGGACAUGGAGGUUGCAGACGUUGUUUACCGGCCGUCGCUCCCUUUGGAUACCCAAGGCACACACCCUGGGACUGGGCAAGGCACAAGUAAGAAUGACCCCAAUCUCAGCACUCAUCCCUUCAGGGACUGUUCUCAAUCAGGAUCUCAUCCUGAUCCAAGGGCAGGGUCAGGGGCACCAGUUCAGAGGGAAGGACAAAAGGUUGCUAGGAUACAGCAUCAGCAGUACAGCAGCCAUGGAGCGAGUACAGAGGAGAGGGGGAGAGAUGGCGGUCAGGCAGCACCCUCCUGCGGAGCUCGAGGAGGCCAUCAAGAUGACCAGAGAAAAGGCCCCCAUAAUGCGUCAGCUGGAAAUAUUGACGUAAGAAGUCUCGGAAACAAGUCUUCAAACUCUGACCACGCUGCCGAGGGUGAAGGUAGUGCUAUAAGGAAUCUAAUGAACUACAGCUCCCAGCAGCCUUUGCUCCUGCCCCAGCGAAGCCCCUUUGGAGGUCUGGGGUGUCUCAAGCAAGGUGGGGAGAGAUCAGAGAAGAGUGAGAGAGGUGGAGGCAAAAGCAGCGCCUCCCCACAGGACACCUCCAAACAGCCGCUGCCUCCACGCAGAGGCUCCACUAACGAGGGAGAAAGAGGAGAUAGAGGUGGGAAGGAGGCGGGGGAGGCAGGAGAGGGGGAGGUGCGGCAGCCUCCAGUGGGAAUCGCAGUUGCAGUAGCCAGGCCCCCCCACCGCUCCCCGGAUAGCACGCCUGGACACAGCAGACAAGGCCGGGUGCUACCCAGCAUGAAAGGAGUGUCACGCCCUGUGUAUCCUUUGGGUCGGGAAGCAGAGGAGAGGAAAAGACUCACAGAAGACCAGAUUGGCCUUCAUCACCUGGACAGAGACAGAGAAAGCAUAAUCAGGGAAAACAAGGAUCGUGUGGAGUUUGCCAGGAUCCACCCGUCCAGUAGUUGCCAUGGUGACCUCACCUCUCACCUUUUGGUUCCUGGAGGAGCUGGCCAGUUGGGGACGGACGCUGCCGCGCAUGCUCACUCGGCGCACCACCACUGGAUACAGAGGACAGGAAGUCCUUCUCUGUGGAUGGGACAUUCAUACAGUCUGAGCCACAUGGGGAUGAGUCCCGGCUUCCCGGCAGGUUUGCCCAGCCCUCUGCAACCCGUUCUGAGCUCGCUGACCCAGGACCCAAACUCCCCGCUGGUGGUUCUUCCUACAGAACCCGGGCCGCACCAUCACCUCGAUGUUCUGGACCAGUCAGCUCUUUGGCCUCCUGUGUACGGAGGUCGCAGCCCCCACCCACACCUCCAGCAUCAUCCGGUCUACUCCCGCUCCUCGUUCCUACGGCAACAGGAGCUGUAUGCCCUGCAGCAUCAUCAGCAACAGCGGGCCAUGGAGCACAUGCACCGGCACUCUAUAGGACAGAGAAAACACGAGGAGCAGAAGAUCACCGUAGACGACUCUCCUCAUGAUUCCUCCUCAUCCAGAACCCUUUCCACGUCCUCCUCUUCCUCCUCCGCUUCCUCUCAUGCGACUAAACCGUUCUCCCACACCCCAUCUCCACCAAAGACGUCCACGCCAUCUCCUGGCGUGUGUCCCAGCAGCCGCCAGUCGCCGUGCUAUCACUCCCCAUCCAGGCGAUCGCACCCCCCGAACCCUCUGACCCCGGCGCCCAGCCCGGCUGCAGCCGCCCCCCGAUCCCCAGCACUCAGCCCCGCCCCUUCACACCUCUCCAAAGGUUUGGACAGGGGUGGUGACAGAGGAGAAGGGCAGCCCCCUCAGGAUUACCCACAAUCCCUAGAGCCAGACCUACCACCUGUUUACACUUACCCUUCAAUUACCAUGGGAUACAAGGCAGAGCCAUCUCCUCCCGAAGCCCGGUCAGCUGAACAAGCCAUGGCAGUAGCAGAACCGGCGGAACCAGAUUCCAAGUCCCUUUUACAUUCCUGCCACACAGAUGAACAGGAAAGGGGGGAUGAGGAGGAAGUGAGAGAAUGUGAAGUGUUAUCCCAGAGUGAACAUGUCGUAGGAGAGCGGGAGGAAACAAGGGUGAAUGUGAUAGGAUGCUCCAUCUCUGAGCCCGAGGUUUCUGGGGUACUACCAUCCCCUUCUGCACUUCCAGUUAUUGAUCCAGCCUGCCCAGUCGCAGGCAAUGCCCUGAAACUAGAGCUCUCUCUGGGUUGUCUGGGCCAGAAGGCUGGCCUGGAGGCGAUCCAGCUUUCCAAAGAGGAGGAGGAUGACAGGGAGCAUGGAAAAGAGGGCAUGGAGGUUGAUGAGGGAGGGAAUGUGGUGUCAGAACCAACAGAAUAUACCGUCUCAGUGCCUGUGCAGCCUGAAGGAGAGGAUGUUGAGAGGAAUGAAGAGGAUGGAGACAACAAUGGGGAGAAUGUGGAGGUGGUUGAACAUGAGGAGGAUAAGUUACCAGAGGAGCAAAGUGUGAAGAGUCAAGGUGGAGAAUUGGUGGAGCCAACACACAGCUCUCCUCCUUCCUCCCCAUCGUCUGACUCAGUCCUCUUCUCCACAUCCAGCACAGCCGCCCAGCUCCAAGGGGCAUACAUGUGGAGUCUGGAGCUUCUGAUUGCUGCGGCGCUCUGCGCCACUCGAGAUGCCUUGUACCCACCUGCACCCACAGUCCAAACCCCACAUCCUCUGCCUCACCACGGGAUGGAGAUAUUAGGAGAGUUGGCAGAGCUGGAGAUCCAACAGAAGAGCAGGGAGAACAAGGAGAAGGACAAUGAAGGUGACAAGAUGCUGACCUUUGACCUCCAAAGUCUGGCGACGCUGGCGACCGCCCGUGCCCUGGAGACGGGAGGAGGGGUCAGGGUCGUAGAUGUAGGCAGGGACCAGCAGUGUCCAAUCAGAAAGAGGCUUAAUCUGCGCAGGAAGUGCAGCUGGACGCCGCGCCACGAGCCGGUCUGCCCAGUGAAGGUCUCAUUGGAGACGAUGGGAGGGGAGGAGCUGGCCAUGCGUGUCCAGCUGGCUGAGCUUCAGCGCCGCUACAAAGAGAAGCAGAGAGAACUGGCCAAGCUACAGAGGAAACACGACCACCAGAAAGAGGAGACGUCUCGUAGCCCUGCCCGCAGGGGGCCCGGCCGCCCCCGCAAGCGCAAGUCCACCCUCAGCCCAGCUGCUGCAGAGAGCUCCAAAAAACUCAGGACGGGGUUGAAUUUGUUGAAGGAAAAGGCCAGGAAGAAAAUGUCCAAUCACGGCUUCAGCAGCCUCAGCGCCGCACAGAUGAAAUCUCGCUGUAAGCACCGAGGUCGAGCCAGUGUCCUGAGCUCCAGACUGGUCAGGCGAGUGACCCAACUGAAGCACAAGGCGGCAGGCCAGUGCGGCGCGCCAUCAGCAGGCAUGCUGCACUGCAGAGGGGCCUCAGGGGCUGAAGUGGCCCUGAAGAGUCACAGCAGAGGGAAAGACCUACAGCAGGACUGGGCCAAUAUUCAGCUGGUGAAGCGGAAAAGGGGGCGGAAACCAAAGGUGCUGAUGGGCAGCGGUCACAACAGAGCUUGCCACGAAGACAACCAGAUCUCUGAGAAACAUGAAGCGAGGGAAGAGAAAAGCGACAGCGAGAGUUCAGAGCGCGAGGAUGAGGAGGAGGAGGACGUGGAGGAAGAGGAGGAGGAGGCGGAGGAAGAGGACGGCAGCUACGACAGUGAAGAUGGAACCAGUGGCAUCAGGAUUUGCUCAUCUUCUAAAGAAGCUCCUGCAAACCCUCCGGGGAUUUUGUCAUUUUCUUCACAGUCCUCUAAGCCUCAAGAUAACCAGAAAGUCCGGACUAAGAGGCCGGGGCCUCCCGGCACAGGGAGCGUGUCCGGCACAGGGAGCGUGUCCUGCACAGAUCACAGGAGAGCACCAAAGAGGCUGAGCCUUGCAAGCACACAAAGGACACGGCCCGACCACCAGGGGGCAAAAAGAGCUUCUCUGCCCAACUGGUCGGCCAGCUGCAGCUUGGGGGAUACCCGGAUGAACCACAGAGCACUAACAGAACCAAACAGAACCAGCAAGGAAAUCUUAAGGAAGAGUUCAUCAGGACAGGGAAUUCUGGGAAAAGCCAAAGGCCACGCGGUGAGCCGGCUGCUGCAGAGCUUCACUGCAGACGACGGGUUUCGCUUGGAUGAGGAGAGCAGCUUCUCGGAAGGAGAAGGCAAGAAAGAUGAGAAGUUGAUCCUCCUUCCACCCAACAUGCCUUGCAGAAUACCCGCCCUGCCCAACUGUGUGCUGAGUAAAGAGAUGUUGGUGGACGGCCUAAAAAUCCUGAUCUCAAAGGAGGAUGAGCUUCUGUACGCUGCCUGUGUGCAGACCCUGGACCUGCCUGAUAUAUUCAGCGUUGUCAUUGAAGGGGAAAGAGGAAAUCGACCCAGGAUCUACUCACUGGAGCAACUGUUGCAGGAAGCGGUGCUAGAUGUGCGGCCGCAAACUGAGGCCAUCCUGACAGCAGGAACGCGAGUUUGUGCCUACUGGAGCGAGCGAUCCCGUUGUCUUUACCCUGGAUAUGUCCACCGAGGAGGUCCAGGGGAGGAGGAGAAAGAGGGCAGCGUGAUGGUUGAGUUUGAUGAUGGAGACAGAGGAAGGAUUUCCCUCGCAAAUGUCAGACUUCUGCCUCCAGGAUAUCAAAUCCGCUGUGCAGAACCUUCUCCAGCACUUCUGAUCUCACCUGGUCGCCGUGGUCGAAGAAGCUCCACCCAGGAGAAGAAAGACACACCCACAGAGAAAGCAACCAAUGAGGAGCCAGUAGAGAGACCACAAGAGAAAAGACCAGUUGGAAGACCGAAGAAAAUCCACUCAGUGCCUAAGAAUGCCAGCACAUCGACGUCAGAAUCAGACACCUUAAUCAAAAGCAGCACUUCCUUGAUGAGCUGGCCUGCACCCAGGAAGAGACCUCCGGUUGACUUCUUCCUUUUCAAUGGGACAUCACGUAAAACUCAAAAGAGGAUUCGAGAACGAGAUUUGGGGUUGUUCCAUCGGCCCGCUUCCCAGUCUGUUACUUCUCCUACUCCCCUUAAAGGGGUUUUUGGCUCCUUGUUUGAAGUUGAUUCCUUCAGCAGCAUCGCAAAUUCCUAUGGCAGCUUCAGAAGCGUUGGAAACUCUGUAACGGGACGACCACUAAAUACAGUAACUCCAGUCGUAGCCCGUGACUCCUCAUCUUCUACUUGUUCCUCAGCUCUCACUGUGGCCAUGGCAACCGCGAGCAGGAAGCCAAUGAGCGAACGUGACAGGAAACAGUACCUGGUGAAGCUUGACCAUGAAGGAGUGAUGUCUCCAAAAACAAAGAAUGGUAAGGCCCUGCUUCGACUUGGGGCUAGCGGAGGAAGAGGAGGAAGAAGCCUCGCUUCACCUGGUGCUCCGCUGCGAUACAUCGUCCCCACCCUGCUGAUGAAGGAUGGCAAGAAGGGAGGAGAAAGAGAGAGCACCAGGGCGCGGACGGAUGUUCUUGUUAAGAGCACUCCACCUCUGAGAAAGGACCUACUGGCAUCUGGCCUUGGAGGACAAGGUGGAGAUUACAGUUUGGAUUACCCAAGCGACUGUCCGAGCUCGUACUCUGAGCUGGAUGAUGACGAUGAGGACGAUGGUCAAAAUGCAGAGGCGCGAAGAAGAACUACACCAGCGGCAUCCCACCGUGGAGAACGUUUUCUUUCUCGUCCCUCUGUCUGCUUCUCCUCAUCCUCCUCUUCUUCUUCAUCUUCCGGCUCCCUGUCCUCCUCAUCCCUUUGCUCCUCAGACAAUGACUCCUCCUACUCUUCCGAUGAAGAGUCAUCCUCUAUGCUGCUGCGCCGUGCACUCCUCCAGCAGGACAAGCACAAACAGAGACAGAACAUGAAUUCUGACCUCCUGAACUCUGACACUACUGCCUCCAAACCCUCUUCAUCUUCUACAGCUUCAGCUCACAGCUACGUGGCCAAGGCCAGCAUGGCCGUCUCGGGGUCAAAAGUGAGGGAUGAGAGGACAGAAGAUAGGAAGGAGUACAUGUCAAAAGGGAGCAUGGUGGCAAACAGUACCACAGCGAAGCUGCACCUAAAGAGAAAAGGAGUUCCCAGUAGCCAUCAUCAGAGCCAGAUCAGUUCUGCAGGCCAGCAGCUGAAGUCUGUGUCCAAGGACCUGUCAACAGCAAAGAGACAGAGGAUGUCUUCCCCGGAGUCUCUGCCGAACAUGCUGCCGGGACGCCAGCUGUGGAAGUGGUCCGGCAACCCCACACAGAGGAGAGGUUUGAAGGGUAAAGCCCGCAAGCUUUUCUACAAGGCCAUCGUGCGGGGCAAGGAGACUGUGCGUGUCGGGGACUGUGCUGUCUUCCUGUCACCUGGAAGGCCCCAGCUGCCCUACGUGGGCAGAGUGGAGAGCCUCUGGGAGUCGUGGAGCUCAAGCAUGGUGGUCAGGGUCAAGUGGUUCUACCACCCGGAGGAGACUCGCCUGGGGAAGCGACACUGCGAUGGCAAGAAUGCCCUGUACCAAUCGAGCCAUGAGGAUGAGAAUGACGUGCAGACUAUCUCCCAUCGCUGCCAGGUUGUCGGCAAGGUUGAAUACGAUCAACUGAUUCAUGAUCGCAAAUCUGGUGGCACAGCUAACGACUUGUUCUACUUGGCUGGAACCUAUGAACCAACCACAGGCCAACUAGUCGGCGUAAACGGUGUUGCGAUCAUGUCCUAGGUCCAUCUAGAGAGAACCCAGGAUAGUCCUUCAUAAUGCUCCAAGGGACAAAACGAGCCCAAGAUGAAGUGUUCUAGUCUUGGUCCCUUGGAGGAGAAGAAGCUCGCCCUCUGGAAAAAGCCCGGUGGAGGUGGUAUUUUGAGGAGCUGAGCUUGGCAAAAGCCUGAUACAAGACAUCGCAAGGCUCUUUGUCACAGCAGAAGUUUGCAGCCGGCCCUGUGCUGGAAUAGCGGAGAAUCUUGUUGCUGUGACAAGAUCACUGCAACUAAAGAACAGAAGCAAAGGACAUAAGCACUUUGGAGUAUAUAUAUGCUACAGAGGGAGGCUCAGCUUUCUAAAACAAAGACUCAAAACUCGGGAGAGAAGGGGGAGACAGGAAGAGAGAGGCUGUAAACCACACUGGUUUGGAUCGCUUUAAUGUUCUUACUCUGGUAUUUCGAUGAUGACAGCAUGAUUGGCAGAUCACCAACUGGACCAAAAAAAAAAACAAAAAAAACAAAACACUGUAGAUUGUACAUCAUGUGUAAUCGUGUGAGUGUUUGCAGAGUGGCUGCGACGACCCUGGUUGGCAUUUAAUGAGCUCUAAGUAAACAGUGCUUUAGUGCGCGUGGACGUGUGCGUGCUCCUACCGUAUGUGUGUGCAAGCCAAAACAACUCCAUGGCACGCCUUCGGUUUGUCUUUAACACUCAGAAUAUGAACUUGUCCAGUACUUAACGUGGCAGUUUUCAGCCCGCACGGCUGCAAAACGAACGUUCCUCCCGUCAAGCCAUACGUAUGAUACCUCUCUCGUAUCCUUCAAUUCAGGUGCGCAGACGCAUGUACAGGUACUUUAUUUUAACUGUGCAUGCGUGUGCGUGUGUGUGUGUGUGUGUGUGUGUGUGUGUGUGUGUGUGUGUGUGUGUGUGUGCGUGUGCGUGUGUGUGUAUGUAAGAGGGACUGUGUGUGCACUUUGUACAGCCUUAUGUAUAAAAUACAUGUUGUAAAUAGUAUACAUAUAAAUGUUCUUUUUUUAUUUGCAAAGAAGAUUAUUUACGUUUUAUUGCGGUGUACGUGUGGGGUCGGGCCGUCUGGCAGAGGGAGGAGGCUGGGUUCGCUUCCCUUCUUUCUCAUUGCACUGAAAUGGAUCGGAUGUGCGGAUUUGGGGUCAAAGCGUACAUCUGAUGUGAAGAUUUGUAGUCGUGAAACCUGCUUCAGGCAAGAGAAGCAAAGAUGUCGGUGGAAAGGAUUUUUUUUUUUUUAUCUUUUUUUUUUUUCUCUCUUUAUUUUACACUGUAGGAUUUAAGCGUACAUUUCCUGUGCUGGGUUUCAAAUCCGUUUUCUUUCUUUUAAUUUUUUCUCUCCCCACAAAUACUGGAAAAAGCAACUGAGUUUCUGCUGAUCCUGAAAGAAUCUACUUCUUUAUUUUAGCCUGUAUUGCUCCAUAAAAUAUAGAUAUUUAUCUGGCAUUUAAAAAUUUAAAUAAAAUAUAAAAUAAAAUACCAAAGCACCUGUGAGUUUACGCUUUGCCACAUUAGAAGAAUACAGUUUUAUGAAAAUCAGAGAAAGACGCUCAAUCAAAUCUGAAUCCGGGGCCCUGCAAUCACCGAGGUAUUUGAAAAAUCGAGGUCCUCUUGUUGUCUGCUCCCGUUUCAUCCAGUGUUGCUAUGACAGCCUCCAAGAAACAUUGCAGCAACAUUGUCUGUGCACAGCCCAGCUGAUGCACUUGAGGUCUCUAUGGCAACCAGAAUGGCAUCGCGUGACUGUGAAGGACAAUCAGAGCCAAUCAAUGGGACAAUGUUGAGAGACGAAAAAAAAAGCAAGUUAAGGAUCAAAUCGCAAAUUCUGCUUCUUGUCACUUUUAUUCCUGCUUUGCCAAAAAAAAGUCCGCAUUUUCUGUUUUAUUUUCCCCGUUGAACUGUUGUCUUACUGUUUAUGCAAGCUUGUGAUGACUGUUUGGCGUCAGUGUUUAGGAUGUACAGGGGAAGAACACGAAUGCCUUUUAUUUUAGGACAUUUACUGACUUUUUAACAACAAUCUUGCUGUUACACUGCAAAGCAAAAGCUUUAAAAGGAGUCUAAUGUGAAAGUCGGUUUGAAAAUAUUACUUUUAUGGGUCUUUAAUUGAUUAUUUUUUUUAAAGCUGUAUUUUCUUUAAGAAACACUGGAUUCAGUUCUAACAUCACUUUUUUUAACAGUAACAACAUUAAAAUUGUGUAACCUGUUUUUUUUUUAAGACCCACUGGAACCUGCUUUGUACGGUUAGUAAAAAUAUAUAUCAUGUAAUUUCAUUCAUUGUUUGGAAAUAUGAUUUAAAUAUUUCCUCAUGUAUAAAAAAAAGAAAUUAUUUAUCUUUAAUUUUAUUGCCUUUUUGUGUUUCAUUAAAAAAAGAUUCUUACAAA